CACCCAACCAAACCUUUGGUUCACUUCACUUUUUUAUCCAGCUUGCUCAACCUCUUGGCCUAGCUUCCAUCCGAUGUCCUCAACGGCUCUCUUGCUAUAGAGGACCCGAACAGACUCCCAUAAUGAGAGGGGUUCAGAUUUUUAGCGGGACAUCCCACCCCGUCCUCGCUGAAGCUAUCUGUGAGCGCUUGGGUACCGUCCCCGCCAAAGCUCAGCUGGGAAAAUUUAGCAAUGGCGAGACGAGCGUGAGCAUUGGUACCUCUGUCCGCAAUCAAGAUGUCUACAUUGUCCAGAGUGGAAGCAACAAGAUCAAUGACAGUGUCAUGGAGCUCUUGAUUAUGAUCUCGGCCUGCAAAGGCGGCUCCGCAAAGUCUAUCACAGCGGUGAUCCCAUACUUUCCGUACUCUCGCCAGUCGAAGAAGAAGAGCCAUCGGGGUGCCAUCACUGCCCGCAUGCUUGCCAAUCUCCUUUCCGUGGCUGGAGUCGAUCAUGUGAUAACUCUGGACUUGCAUGCGUCCCAGAUGCAAGGGUUCUUUGGCAAGCCGGUGGAUAAUCUCUUUGCCGAGCCAUUCAUUGCUCGUUGGAUCAAGAUCAAUGUUCCCGGCUGGAAAGACGCUGUCGUCGUCAGUAAGAAUGCCGGUGGUACGAAGCGAGUCACUUCUUUGGCCGACACCCUGAAGCUCAACUUCGGAAUCGUCACGACUGAUAGGCGGCGAACCAAGGUGCCUAACGCUAUGAAUGACAGCACGAUCUUUUUCGAUUCCAUCGAACAAGAUUGUGGAAAGCCUCUACCGAAGGACCCGGCGUCUACUGAGGAGGCAGUUGUUGAAGACUCCAAGCUUCCCUUCACUAAUGCAGACCAGCUAGGUCCCUUGCCUCCCUCCAAGACUAUGUUUCCUCAUGGUCUGCGACCAGAAACCCCUCCUGCAGCCCGUCGUCCGUCCGAGUUGGAGGCUGCCCAUGACUAUACUGAUGGACGUGCCCGAGAUGUGAUCACCGGUAGAUUUGUCCAGGGCCAGCUUGUGGAUGACGAUUACCCAUCUCCUGUCAUUUCCACGUCUUCUACUCCUGCAAAUGGGGCGGCGAACAAGGAGAAUCACGAGAACCUGCCAGAUUCCAUGAUGGCAUCCUUUGUGUCCACUUCCUCCGUGCAGCAUUCUCUUGCAGGGACCUUCGAGGAGCCUGAGUCUGACGAUGACGGCCCCACGUGUCCCCAUGGAGCCGAAGAUGAGAAGACCAUAACUCUCGUGGGAGAGGUUAGGGGUAGGACGGUGUUUUUGGUAGACGACAUGAUUGACAAGAGUGGCUCUUGGAUAAUCGCUGCUGAGACGGUGGUCAAACGAGGCGGCGCGCGUAAAGUCUACUGCAUUGCUACCCACGGUUUAUUUGGGGACAACUCCCUGGAGCAGCUGGAAGCCUGCGAGUCGAUCGAUUACAUUGUCGUAACGAACUCGUUCCCCAUCUCACCGAUGAUGAUGAAGACUUCUAAGAAGUUGAUCGUCAUCGAUGUCUCUACCCUACUGUCGGAGGCAAUCAGACGGCACCACUAUGGCGAAAGGUAUGUGGUUCAAGCUGUUUGAGAUGAUGACAAUGAGAAAGUUUCGGUGACUGACAAGCUUCUAGUGUGUCGGCGCUCUUCCAAUUGAAUGACAUUAUUUAGGCUACGAUGAUCAUGUAUUAAGGUUUCAU